AUGCACAGGCGGUACAAGAGAGAUUCUAGUGGGGGCCAGUGUUACUAUCCAGCUGAGAUAAUACCAUCUUUUGAGGAUGUUAGGAGACAACAACGAAGGAGGAGAGGAGGCCGAGGAGUAGGAGGAGAGGAUGGAGGUGAUGGAGGUGGUGGAGGAGGUUUUGGAGGAGUGGGAGGAGGUAGAGGGGGUGGGGGUGGUGGAUUUGGGGGUGGGGGUGGAUUUAGAGGUAGAGGUGGUGGAGGAGGACGGUUGCAGAGGAGAGGGAGAGGCAGGCAACCAUUGCGACUGUCACAAGGUCCUUUGAUACAGGGAGCAUCCAGAGUAGGAGGCAGGGAUAUGGGGGAGGGAGAGGUGCCUAUGGAGUUGGGAGAGGGAGCUACAGCAUCUAAGGCACAGGUGGAGGAUAGUGAGGUAGAGAUUGCAACUAGAGAUGUUCAGCUGUUUGCACGGGAGUCAGUGUUGACAGUAGUGAGGCGAGAGUGGGAUGAUGUUGUUGAUAGGGUGAUCAAGCUACAAGAGAGAGUUCAGGCCUUGGAUGGAGCAGUGCCAUCCAGUCAAUGGGCACUGAGUUAUUCGCAGAUGCGUCAGGCGAGAUCAGAGCGAUCUCAGAGGAUGCAGAGCAGUGGUGGUGUUAUGGGUCCUCCACAACAAGAUAGUGUGGGUGGAGUAGGGGGUAGUGGUGGAGAAGGUGGUGAUGGUGGUGCAGCAUCUAGCCAGAGUGCUAUUUGA